CGCUUCGGCAAAAAAGAACAAAAAAUCACAACAAACCGGUGGUAAAUGAUUCCACACGCAAUAUUUCUUUUAUUUUUUGUUGAGUUCAACACAACACAAAACAUCACAUAAUGCGUAAAAGCCUCGUGCCACAGCGAUGCACCCCGUCGAAUGCCGUUCACUCGCCGUUCAAAAGCCCGCUGUCGGCACAAAAGCGCCAGCGCGAGUGCCGCAAGCGAUUGCCGGACAAGGGCGGGACGGCGGAUCAGCCGCCGACGCCGAAACUGUCCGUGUCCGAGCACGAGCUGAUGAUCAUGAAGAUUCUCACCCAGCCGUUCAAAAUACCGAUCGCCAACUACGUGCCGGAACAUUCGACGCGAUGUCUCGGCAUGAAGCGGUCGGCGGCCCGGCGUGCCCUGCACGAUCCGUACGCGUGCAAUGCGCUGGUGCUGUUCAGCCCGCCGGAGCUGACCGAGCACGACAAGCUAAAGAUGGACAAGAGCAAGAUACAGGUGCACGUGGUGGUGGAUCCACUGCUCGGGAACAUUCUGCGGCCGCAUCAGCGGGAGGGUGUGCGGUUCAUGUACGACUGUGUGACCGGCGCGAAGGGUGACUUUAACGGGUGUAUCAUGGCGGACGAAAUGGGGUUGGGCAAAACGCUGCAAUGUAUUACGCUGCUCUGGACACUACUGCGCCAAAGCCCGGAUUGUAAACCGACGAUCAAUAAAGCGAUCAUCGUGUGCCCGAGUUCGUUGGUGAAGAAUUGGUACAAAGAGUUUGGCAAGUGGUUGGGCUGCCGCGUCAACUGUCUCUCGAUCGAUGGCGGGUCGAAAGAGCAAACGACCAAAGAGCUGGAACAGUAUAUGGCGAAUCAAAGCCAACGCCACGGCACACCGGUACUGAUCAUCAGCUACGAAACGUUCCGGCUGUACGCGCACAUCCUGAACAACUCCGAGGUCGGUGCGGUCCUGUGCGACGAGGGGCAUCGGUUGAAGAACUGCGAGAACCUUACCUACCAGGCGCUGAUGGGGCUGAAGACAAAGCGACGUGUGCUGCUGUCCGGUACACCGAUCCAGAACGAUCUGACCGAGUACUACAGCCUGCUGCACUUUGUCAACCCGGGCAUGCUGGGAUCGACGGCGGAAUUCCGCAAACAGUUUGAAAAUCCAAUCCUGCGCGGCCAGGACGCCAACUCAACCGACGUGGAGCGGGAAAAGGCAGCGGAACGGCUGCAAGAACUAGCCGCCCUGGUGAACCGCUGCAUGAUCCGGAGGACCAGCGCACUGCUCACGAAAUAUCUCCCCGUCAAGUUCGAGAUGGUCGUGUGCGUGCGCAUGACCGAGGUGCAGGCCGCCCUCUACAAGAGCUUCCUCCAGUCCGACACGAUCCGGCGCAGCGUGAUGGAGAAGAACGCAACCAAGGCAAGCCUGACGGCCCUUUCCAACAUUACCUCACUCAAGAAGCUGUGCAAUCAUCCGGACCUUGUGUACGAAAAGAUCCAGGAGCGUGCGGAUGGGUUCGAGAAUGCGGCCACCAUUCUGCCGGACAAUUACAGCCCCCGGGAAUUGCGCCCCGAGCUGGGCGCCAAGCUGAUGCUGCUGGACUGUAUGCUGGCGUCGAUCAAAACCAACACCACCGACAAGAUUGUGCUCGUGUCGAACUACACGCAAACGCUCGACCUGUUCGAGAAGCUGUGCCGCAAGCGGGGCUACGGCUACGUGCGCCUCGACGGCACGAUGACGAUCAAGAAGCGGGGCAAAGUGGUGGACCAGUUCAAUCAGCCCGAUUCGAACGAUUUCAUCUUCAUGCUCAGCUCGAAGGCGGGCGGCUGCGGGUUGAACCUGAUCGGUGCCAACCGGCUGGUCAUGUUCGAUCCCGACUGGAACCCGGCGAACGAUGAGCAAGCGAUGGCGCGGGUGUGGCGCGAUGGGCAGAAGAAACCUUGCUUUAUCUACCGGCUGCUAGCGACCGGCACGAUCGAGGAGAAGAUUUUCCAGCGCCAAACGCACAAAAAGGCCCUCUCGACGACGGUGGUGGACAAUGCGGAGGACGGCGAGCGACACUUCACGCAGGACGAUCUGAAGGACCUGUUCAAGCUGGACGAGCAGACGCGGUCCGAUACGCACGACAUCUUCCGCUGCAAGCGGUGCACCAAUGGGGUGCAGAUGAAGCUGCCGCCGGACGACAGUGACUGCAUGUCCGAUCUGGCCCACUGGUAUCACUGCGCGAACAAUAAGGGCAUCCCGGACGAUAUACUGUCCAAAUCGUGGGACAUUACGCGGUGCGUGUCGUUCGUGUUUCACCACCGGUCGAACUCGGCCGUCGUGGAGCAGCAGCUGGCGGAGCAGCGGCGCCAGCAGACCCUGGCCAAGGAGCAGGAGGAAAAAGAGGAGGAAGAAGAGGAUGAGGAGGAUAAGGAAAACAAAGGGUACAACACGGAAGGGGAAGAGGAUGAGGAGGAGCCGGAAGAUGAUGAAAAGGAUAAAGAUUUUGUGUUGUAGUGUGUAACACGGCGCCGUACAUUCGCCUAA